GUUUGUGAACCAGGAAGUAAUGCUGCUUAGUUUCAGCGUGGGAGUGAACGCGUUGUUGUCAACAAACGUGCUCAGUGUCACAUUAGAAAAAAGCUGUUUGAAAACACCACUUUGCAAACGCACUGCUUUCCACUAAAACAACAGGUAUCAUACUCACAUCAAAUUCAGCACCGGGUCAUCUGGGCCAGCGCUAUCGCUCUCGUCUGGUGUUUAGUAUCGGUGAUUGAUUUGAAGCAUCUUACUCCCGGGCAACGAAGAAAGCACAGCUCCUCAACUUCGAAGAAAUUUUACAUGGCAGACAGAAAAGGAAUCAGGUUAUUCACCACCCCUCAAAGUCAAAUGGCCGCUUAUGUUAACGCAACAUAUGAGACGUCGUCGGAUGUGAAUUUAGUUCCAGAAGAGACACCAAGUGUUUACGAGAGUUUAAGGAUUCCUCAUCCAACCGACAAUGCCGAUGAUCCCAAUAUCAGGAUUACACAGCCACCAAAGACAAAAGUCAAUAGACGGUUACAAAUAGCACUGGUGUUAGUGGGAAUCAUAUGCGCAGGACUAUUUGCUGUUGUUGUAUGGUCGCUUGUGCAUACCCUAGAAGAAAAAAAUAUGAAUGGAUGCUUGAACAACCCAUGUGCCGGAGGCGCCACCUGUCGAAAGACCCAUGAUGGUUUUGACUGCAUUUGUCCUCCUGGUCUUUCCGGCAAAUUAUGUCAACUUGCAAGAGAUCCCUGUCGCAGCCAGCCUUGCCGAAAUGGUGCAGCCUGCAGGAAUCAAUCUGAGACGUAUUUGUGCAGCUGUCCGUCUGGAUAUACGGGUCGAAAUUGUGAAACAAUGACCAACCAUUGUCUUAGCCUACCCUGCAAAAAUGGUGCCUCGUGUGUAAACCUGGCAGCUUCGUUUCUGUGUUCUUGUACUUCCGGUUUCCAUGGGCCAAGGUGCGAAGACGAUAUAAAUGAAUGCUUAAGUACCCCAUGUACCCUUGGCGCAACCUGUAGAAACAGUUAUGGCGGAUUUCACUGCAGUUGCCCACGUGGUUUUACUGGAACAUACUGCCACCUUGAAAUCAGUGAAUGUUCCAGUCGUCCUUGUCAGAAUGGUGGGACAUGUGUUGACAUGGUGAAUUCUUAUCGAUGUUUGUGUCCUACUGGGUACCAAGGGUCAAAUUGCCAGGAAGGAUAUCAAUGUCGCAGCCGUCCCUGCCAAAAUGGCGCCACCUGCAGGAGUUAUGCUAACACCUAUUAUUGCAGCUGUCCUUCUGGAUACAUCGGCAGGGAUUGUGAAUCAGCUUUGCUGCACCGUCACCCGUACCGUCUUGUUGGAAUAAAUAUCAAUGGAAAGUAUGGUGGCAGAGUUGAAGUGUAUCAUAAUAGAGUCUGGGGAACAGUGUGCGAUGACAGCUGGGAUAACACUGAUGCCCAAGUUUUCUGCAAGUCGUUAAAUCUUCCCUAUUCCAACGCAGUUGCCGUACGAGAAGCGUAUUUCGGACAAGGUAGUGGAACCAUAUGGUUGGAUGAUGUCGGCUGCACAGGCUCCGAAUCCAACAUUGGAUCGUGUAGUCACAGCGGUUGGGGAAUUGAAAACUGUAAUCACGGUGAAGACGCUGGCGUUCUAUGUUAUUGAUUACACGAACUGUUUUUAAUUGCAUGACCGCCUAAGCUAACUGAACUAUGUACAGUAAAGCAUAUGUCACCGUCCUGCAUCAAAUGAGUUGAUGUUAUAUUUUGUUUCAAUUUUGUCAUGCCAAGAGAAUACCUUUAUCACAGACUACCAUUGCUUUACCUUUACAUAAAUUAUAUUCUGUAGGAUGUUAACAUGAUGUACAAAAUUUAAUACUUAAUUUCCAUCAUACCACGAUAAUGUUUUUUACAGAGAUACGAUUGAACGUAUCUUAUCUAAAAUAGUUAAUCUUUGAACAAAUUUUGAUUGAGCAUAGUUUUUUGUAACGUCACCCGUUAUUGCCUGGAAUGACAAAUAGUAUACAAUCAAAGUUUGUUAACUGAUUGUUAGUUUUCGAGACAUUUUAUGUUUUUAUGGUCAUUGUUUUCAACAUUGUGUUAUUAUGCAAGUCAUUUUUUUAGUUAAGGUUAGAGUAAGAAUGCAUCCUUUAAAUAUAGCAUAGGGGUAUAUCUAAAACGCUGCACAUAACUGUCAAUUGCAUUGACAUAUUUGUAAUGGAAACAUUGGAGGGGAUGUGACCUUCUCUCACAGCUUGUGGUCAUGCAUCACCAGUAUUUAGCUCUUACGCCAACUUUUUGCUUUAUUGUAUGGGGGACGCAUGUGUGAUAAUAUCUCCCAUUUUGUAACUUCGUAUUAUAUUACAUUUCUCUAUUUUAAUAAAUGACAAUUUUCAGUCA